UUUCUUACUUACCGAGUUCCUGUCUGAGGAAUAUUAACCCUUUAUUUGACUGCUUUCUUUCAGAGAUGUGGUACUGGGUUUUCCUCUGGGCUCUCUUCUCCUCUCUCUUUGUCCAUGGUGCUGUGGGAGUGUUAAUGUUUGUGAUGCUGCAGAGACAUAGGCAGGGCCGGCUGAUCUCUGUCAUUGUGGUCAGCAUUGGAUUUCUGGGGUCUGUAACUGGAGCAAUGAUAACCAGUGCUGCAGUAGCUGGAAUCUACAGAGUAGCAGGAAAGAAUAUGGCUCCUUUAGAAGCUCUUGUCUUUGGUGUGGGACAGACAGUCCUGACAUUAAUUAUCUCAUUCUCAAGAAUCCUUGCAACACUUUGA